UGCACUUGUAGGAGAGACAUGGUGUCAAUGUCCAUGGACGUCUUUGUGAGGAUGUUUCAACCAGACAGAUACCAGCUGUGGAAACAAGGCAAGGAUUUAUACACCAUUGAUCAUGCAAAACCAACUCCUGAAUCAACGCCUGAAGUAGAGGCCUGGGUACAGAGGAGAAAUAAAAUGCAAGAACUUCGCAGGAGCUUCAUGCACACCAGAUCUCAAUCUAAAAAUCUUAAAACUCCAGAGGACAAGAGAGUAUCUGCUAUGGUAGCUGAUGCAGAAAUCACAGCGACUGAAGCGGCUACUGAUGGCUCCAAGGUCAGUCAAGAACCUGAAAAAAAGACAGUGGUAAACACAGGAGUGCCUUCUGGGGAAGAAGAAAACAGUAGUGGAAUGGAGCUGGAUCAACAUUUUUUGGAUCAUGCCUUGGCUGAAGGAGACAUCCAUCCAGAGUCAAUUUUGAGCCCUGUACCUGCACCAGAGGAGGCAGAAAUGGAAGAUGAGGACAGGGUAUAUUCCAGUCAUCCUUUCUUUGCACAUGAAGAUUCUGUGGCCAGCAAGCCUGCUUCUGAGAGUUGUAAAACAGAAGAGAAUUUGAAACCUCAAAAUCAGUAUGUUUCAUCCAUACCAUGCUGUGAAGCAGCGGGACAAGCUCCUGAAGCAGAAAAUCUGGAUAAAGUGCAACGUGUCUCCAUGGAGGAUGGUAUCAGCAACUUAGAACACAGUGAAAGUAGUUUGGAACAUGGAGAAAUGCCAGUUGUAAAAAGCGGUGAAGAAGAUGGCAUGGAAACGUCUAGUUCAGAGGAAGUUGUAAGAAAGAAAAUAUCCAGGAGUAGGCGCCAUCCACUAAAUAAACCCCCAGAUAGAUCACCAAUGACUUUAGUUAAACAGCAAGCAACUAGUGAUGAAGAACUGCCUGAAGCUACCUUAGUUGAAGAGAAGGUUCAAGAGACAGAGGCAUGGGCUCAGCCUCUGGUCUACCUUUGGAAGACAAGAGUACCUGAUUUCAAAGCUGAAAAACAAUACAAUGCAGCUUGUGCAAAAAAAGAACCUCACUGUGCCAUUUGCACUCUUUUCAUGCCAUACUAUAAGACAGACAAUCAUGAUGAAGAAAGUUCUACUUUCAGGGAAGCAAACUCAGCAGAAACAUUGAUGGCAGAAAAUGAAAAGACCAAACCUCUUAUUCCAGAGAUGUGUUUUAUUUAUAGUGAAGAAAACACUGAAAACUAUCCAACAAAUGCCUUUAUUGAAGAGGAUGGAACAAGUCUUCUGAUUUCCUGUGCAAAGUGUUGUGUACAAGUUCAUGCAAGUUGCUAUGGUGUUCCUUCUUAUGAAAUCCAGAAGGAAUGGUUGUGUUCUCGAUGCAGAAAAAGAGCUUGGACAGCUGAAUGUUGUCUCUGCAAUCUGAGGGGUGGUGCAUUAAAGCAAACUACUGACAAAAGGUGGGCACAUGUGAUAUGUGCAAUUGCCAUCCCAGAAGUCAAAUUUGGUAACGUCGUGGAACGUACUCCGAUAGACACUAGCGGAGUACCUUUGGAAAGAUUUCAAUUG